AUGAUUGUCAGGUCUGAUACUCCAACCAUCACCACUCUUGUGUCUGAGAUCUUUGGUCAAGGGACACUCAUGGUAACACCAGGCCGAUGCGGGUACGGGUACCGGCAGACCGUAUCCAUCAUUCCCUCUGGUGAAAUAGUGGCGGACAGUUCAGUGACUCUGACCUGCAGCAGUGAUGCCAACCCACCUGUGCAGAACUACACCUGGUUUAAAGAAGGAGGAACCUCACCUGUAGGAUCUGGACAGAAUUACAUCACCAACAGCAGUGGCUACUACUACUGUGUGGCUCAGAAUGAACACGGCAAUCUGGGAGACUGUAGUGAGACACUCCCCUCUCCUGCUCAAACUCUCACUGUCAGAUAUCCCCCAAAGAAUGUGUCCAUCAGUCCCUCUGGUCAAAUAGUGGAGGAGAGUUCAGUGACUCUGACCUGCAGCAGUGAUGCCAACCCACCUGUGCAGAACUACACCUGGUUUAAAGAAGGUGGAACCUCACCUGAAGGAUCUGGACAGAAUUACAUCAUCAUCAGCAGUGGCUGGUACUACUGUGUGGCUCAGAAUGAACACGGGGUGCUGAAAUCAGCUUCAACAGACAUCACAUUAAAGGGCGACACACAGACAGCAGGUCACUUCUACAUUUUGCCUGUAGCUGUUGGAGUCGGCAUCUGUGGGAUUGUUCUUCCUCUCUCAGUAGUUUUAUUCAUGAAGAGACAAAGUUUAAGAAGGUACAAGAAGCAAAGGAGAAAUCCAGAUGAAUCUGUUUAUGAGAACGUCGGCCUCAAGCCCUGUCCUACCUGUGACACUUCCACAUUCAGCUCUCCUGUUUAUGAGAAUACUGCAGCCUUGAGGAAACACCAGAGGAGAGUGCCACUGGAAGAUCUUGGGAGGGCCCUGAGUGUGGUCCAGGGCUGGACUCUGCAGAGUCUUACGGACCCACGCUGGACUAUCAAGUCCAAUGAAGUGGUUCCACCCAAGGCUCCAUCCAGGGUACACCACUCUGAGGCAAGUAAGGUGCCCCGUGUGACUUUCAGAGAGGCAUUGGCGUUGUCCGAGGAGGAAACUUUCUCCACUAGCGUGCGCAGCCUCCAAACUCGUGUGCCCGUACCUAAGCCUCAUAGAGGCAAGAAGAAGGCAACACCAGUGCCCACCCCAGAGACAGGCAAAGUAGUUGGUGUGCCUCCUGAAAUGGAUCCUCCAAAGAAUGUGUCCAUCAGUCCCUCUGGUGAAAUAGUGGAGGGCAGUUCAGUGACUCUGACCUGCAGCAGUGAUGCCAACCCACCUGUACAGAACUACACCUGGUUUAUAGAAGGAGGAACCUCAGCUGUAGGAUCUGGACAGGCUUACAGCAUCAUCAUCAUCACUGCUGAACACACUGGACUGUAA